AUGCACUUUUUCAUGAAGUUGUCCAUGGUCAUCUUGGUCGCUAUUGUCGGCAAUGUUGUGGCAUUGGGAUACCCUUAUUACCCGUGUAAUGACGUACCCGACAAUCCAAAGAGGUGGUGCGACGGCUUCGACGGGCUCGACGUCGGACAAUUUUCCAUCAUGAUCGGCAACGGGUCGGGGAUCAAAGAAAAGGAGAUCCCGACCAUCGAGCGCAUCUCAACCAUCGAGGUCCGGACGCAACGGGGAAACUUUUCCGGCCGGCUGAACUGCUACACGCAGCAGGGGGAGCUUACGGAGCACCUGUGGACGACCUUCACCAACCCGCUCCUGCCGUGGUCGCUCGACAUACACUCGGGCCACGCCUGCUCCUUCAUCAUCGCCAUGGGCGCCUGGGACAACAUGUGGAUAAACUACUCGAACCAGCACGUCAACGUGCCAGACGACCCGCGCUGCUGGUGGAUAGAUUACUACAGGUGGAGGUGUGUGCUGCUAGAGAGGCCCGAGGAGGUGGCGAAAGGGCUGAGGUUUGCGAGGAGAAUGGUUUGA